UGCCAUUAGAACGUUUUGAGGUCUCGUUUUACAUUUCUAUAUAGUCUUUGCAAGUAAUAAUGUCCCUUCAGCACAACUAAGACCUAAUCCUUCUGGAAAUGAGCUGGGAAUUAUUGAGAUUGUUCGCGUUAAGUACGGAUUGCACAAUGCCUAUAUAGUAAACUACUCUAUUCCGCAAAAUAUUUUUCAAAAAUCCAUUUGACUCAGUGACAUUUAGUGCAUUUCCUAUUUCUUACGUCAUAUAAUAAUAUUGAUUGUCAGGCGGCAAUACUAUAAUUUAUGGACAAACCAGUCAUUUUAGCGCGGAUUUCAUUUACCCGUUUGGCUAAAUAGCGUUUUGUCGUCAUAACCCUUAAUCUAAUUCCUAACCUUAACCAUCAGCCGAUAAUCAUAAUACUAAUUUUUCACACCGAUUUAUAACCCUCACGUAGUCCUAGUUAUCAGGUGCACCUUCAAGGUCACUUUAGUGUUUCACAAAGGAUGUCUAUAAGAAUAGUGUCACUACUUGUGGAAAUUACAUCGAGUCUUCUUUUGUCUUUAAAUUAUUAACUCCAUCAAUCACUUCUCCUGUUAGGGUUAAGUUUAUUGGGUUUGUUUGCACAUUAGUUACAUGUGGCACAGGCCAGAUAUCCGUCUUCCAACCAAAUGGCGAGUUCGUUCCGUUCUAUUUUAUGGAUGUGAAACAUGGUCAUUAAGAGUAGAGGAUAUUCGAAGGUUACUACUAUCCAAUCAUAGAUGUCUUCGAAACAUUGCUCGUGUAUUUUGGGAACACGGAUCAAGCAAUCUCUGGACUAGGCAUAGAGUACUAGGUAAAUACGAUAAAUCGGUCGAUGAGGUACUCAGUCUCCAUCAAUUGAGGUGGCUGGAGCAUGUGUUACGUAUGCCUAAUUACCACCUACCUCAACGGGAGAAGUCUGGUGUAACAGCAGAUUGAAAGAAAGUUAGGUGAACCAAAACAUGGAAUGAAUCUCGUAGAGCUCCUAAAAAGAAUGCCUUGCUGCUGUUUGCUUUGAUUGAUUACUUCUUCAACAGCAGUUGAGACAGUUGGUCAGUACUUGUGUUUCAUCACAUUGGUUUCCAGUCCUUUGGGUGUCCGUAGAACUCAGAGUUAAUGUUCACACUUGAAUCUAGUAUCUAUAACUCCAAACGUCAAAAUGGUGUGAAAACCAACUCUAGAAUCCAGACACAUUUAGGUAACAAGUUUUUAAACGAACUAAAUAGACUUUCUGCAUUCUAAUGCUUUCUAGAUUUAAGGACGGAGGGUUUGCACGACAUUUAUGCCUAUUUGUAAAUUCCAUCUUAUUAGCUGUCGUAUACGAACGCAUGAGCACUAUUAUAGAAAGAUAUAACGAUCACUUAAUUAUUAAAAACUUGUAAUAAUAUAAACGCCUAGGUCAUCUUGAGUGGAUUUCACUUUUCACUUUGGGCUUACCAAGUAAAUAAUAUCCAGUCAAUCGGAGAGACCGUUUGGUGAAUUUUUUAUGUAAUUGUGAUACUUAACCUUUUUUAAACAAUAGACCCUCAAUAUUGCUGAUUAACCAGAGGAUCAUUUUCGUGAAAGUAAAGUUCUAAACAUUGAAUGAAUGCAGAAAAAUUUAACCUUUAAAUCUUAGUCUUACUUCAACAUCUGUUAUCAGUUUUCAUAUUGAAAAGUCAGUCAGUCAGUCAGCUACAACGUAAGACCAGGCACAUAUAUGCAUCGGUCCAGGUUGCCAUACCGCAUCAGCACAACAAGAUGAACACCGGAUUCAUAGCAGUGGUUAGGUCAAAGGUAGUAAUAUGUAAGAGAAAGAUUACAUAUAGAGAUAUAUUACAAGAAGAAAGAAUUAGUUAGUAGAAAGAAAGAUAUGAAGCGAUUUUAAUCUCAUAGUUUAAG